UAAUGCCGAGUCUAUUUAAACACGCCAUGUUUACGUUUGUUCUUUGCAGCUGCUUGGUAUAACUGCUUUUGUAUUUUUUUUCCACGAGCAAUAAAAUCGCCUUAUAUUUCUUGCUGACGUCACUUCCCUUUCGCAUGGCGCGACAUUGUUCAUCAUGUCUGUGGAUGAGAGGCUGUAUAACUGUGAGGAUCCUGCUGUGUGGAGAGGGAUCUAUGGAAAAUACUGGGAUGUGGUGAAAGCAAAGUCAGCUAAGAAGGGGAAGGAUCCUGGAAAGCUGCUGGCACUAGACAAAUGGUUUCAGGAGGAGCUUCCCGCUGCGAUCUCAUCUCGAUCAGAAUGUUCUUUUACACAUGCUGAGCUUGCUAAGAUCAUGGAGUGGAAACUAACCAAAGGAAAGUUCCGACCACGUUUGCAGCAGCUGAUUGGUUCAAACAGCGAGGAGGCAGUUCAUAGUUUAACCAGCAAAGCAUUUAGUUUGUUUCCAGAUGUCCAGGCUGCAAUUACAGAGUUGUGCAAACUCAAAGGUGUCGGGCCAGCAACAGCAUCAGCUGUGUUGGCAGCUGGAGCUCCAGAUAAAAUCGCCUUCAUGGCCGAUGAAGCUGUGGAGAGCAUCGCUGGGUUAAAACCAGUCGAGUACACAGUCAAACAUUACACUCUUUAUCUAGAGAAAGUGCUGCAAAAAACAGCCCAGCUCAACAAAGUGGACGACCAGCAAGACUGGACUCCUCAUAGGGUGGAGCUGUGUUUAUGGGCGUGGACCGUAGCCAAUCAGAUUCAGCCCUCAGUAUUAAAUGAAUUUGACUUGGUGGAUGUCACAGACAAAAAGACCAAUCAGAAGUCACAGAAGAGAAAAGCAAAUGAUGAAAAGCUAUCAAAGAGACGAAAGACUGACCGCUCUUAGUAUCAGAAUACAGCAGCAUUUCUCUUCUUAAUGUUUCUGGGGAGUAUGUUGUCAUUGACUUUCUUUAUUACAGUAUUUCUUUUCUUAGAAAUGUUCACUGAUCUUGUUGGAGAUUUAGAAAUCUAAUGUGCCACAAUGUUGUAAACGCCUGUCUGGGUUCCCAUCUGUUUUCCAUCUAUUUUUCCAAGCUAGAACCCACACAAACUAUAUGUGCCUCAUAUUCUAGACUGUUUGUGUAACUGGUGUUAAAUGUUAUUUUAAAAAACCAAUAAAAGUGUUGUUGAGAG